UAUAAAACCCAUUAGCGCAUGAGAGUAUCUUCUUAGGGCUCUAACGGUGCUGCGGCAUCUCUCAUUACAGCCACACAGAAGAACAACCGGAGAAAGCUGCGUGGGUAUUUUACCUUUCCAUUUAAAAUAUCUACGCAGCCGCUCUGCUUGUAUAUUCAAGAAUUGCUGUCUUACGUCAACUGCGAGUUAUUCGGAUCUCGGAAAUUUGCAUUACAGGUGAGCCACUAUGGAGCUGUACAACAAAGACAUAUUUUCUGAUGAUAUCCUGCCUGUUGUCAUUGUUGGUAAUGGACCAUCAGGGAUUUGUCUCUCUUAUUUGCUGUCGGGAUACACACCUUACCUUUCCCCCGAUAGCUUCCAUCCCAACCCAAUUUUGCAUAACAAACUGAAAGAGAAUCCUCAUCUGUCUUUGUUUGACCAGGAUCUGGAGUACCUGUGUGAGGGUGUAGAAGGCCGUUCAUCAAACCCUGUGGCUGUGCUCUUCGAUGCCCUCCUUCUUCCAGAUGGUGACUUUGGGGUGGAUUGCGCCUCCCCGCUGAUAUGGAGACAUGAGCCGGAAAGGGCCACACCUCACCUUGUUCUGGGGAAGGGGCCACCUGGAGGGGCAUGGCAUGCGAUGGAGGGCUCAAUGCUGACACUCAGCUUGGCUAACUGGAUGGAACUUCCUGGUUUGAAGCUGAAGGAAUGGAUGAGAGAUAAACGAAGAAAUCUACGUAAUGACCGGGCCACACCAGCUGAGAUUGCAUCGUACUAUCAGCACUAUGUAACUAAAAUGGGUCUGGAGAAGAGCUUCGCUUCCGGCACCACCGUGACCUCAGUGUCUCGGGUUUCCCUUGAAUCUGGCCGCUCCGUUUGGAAGAUCCAAGGCCUCCAGAAAAGAGCAAGCAGUGGUGAAGAAAUUGAAAUCCCUUUCUCGGUCUAUUCCGAGAAUGUGGUGCUAGCCACAGGAACCCACGACAUCCCUGCCCGUCUCGGGGUGGAAGGUGAAAACCUUCCUUUCGUUUGCCACAGCUUCUGGGAGCUGGAGGCUGCCAUUUCGUCAGGCCGCUUGGACAGCGCUUCAGAGCCGGUUCUUGUGGUUGGUGCUGGGUUGACGGCAGCAGAUGCCGUUCUUGCAGCUCACCACUUAAACACUCCGGUAUAUCACGCCUUUAGACGACCUGUGAGCGAUCCGGCGCUCAUCUUCAACCAGCUGCCCAAGCUCCUCUACCCAGAGUACCACAAAGUGCAUCAAAUGAUGAGCCAACAACAGUGCAAAGGAGGUCAGACGGUGGUCAAUCUGUCCAACCAGCCUCUGUCUUCACCUGCUGAUGGCAACUGUUAUCCUGGUUACCUCAGUUUCCCAAAGCACCAUGUAGCUGCCUUCAGAUCUGAUGGCAAGUGUGUGCUUGAGGAUGAGGGAGGGAAACGCACAGUGCUGCAAGUCUCAAUGGCGCUAGUUUUGAUUGGUGCCCAUCCCAACCUGUCAUUCCUCCCUGAACAUGGUGGCCCGCUGGCGUUGGACUCUAAAGAGCCAAUCAGUUGUCGGCGGAACCCGCUAGAUGUGGAUCCAUACACGUAUGAGUGUGUGAAGGAGCCAGGGAUGUAUGCCAUGGGUCCGCUGGUGGGUGAGAACUUUGUGCGGUUCCUGAAAGGUGGAGCUUUGGCCAUUGUGUGUGAUAUCUCCGGAAAACGAAGUAAAAAACGUCAAGAGAAUUGCACAGCGAGCUCAUUGAAUAUUCAACUGACCAACUGUACACUGGAAGCAUGAAAAGACAUUGACUUUAAAGGGGUGAAAAGAGCUCUGAUAUAUGUGACCCUGGACCACAAAACAAGUGUUAAGUGUAAAAUUUUCAAAAUUGAGAUUUAUACAUCAUCUGAGAGCUGAAUAAAUAAUAGUUUCAUUGAUGUAUAGUUUGGGCAAUAUUUGGCCGAGAUACAAAUAUUUGAAAAUCUGGAAUCUGAGGUGGCAAAAAAAAAAAAAAAAAACUGAGAAAAUCAUCAUUAAAGUCCUUAUUAAUGCAUAUUACUAAUAAAAAAAACUGAAGUUAUCAAUGGUAGGAAAUUUACAAAAUAUAUUCAUGGAACAUGAUCUUAAUAUCCUAAAG